AUGGAUUGCAGAGUCUACGCGGCAACUGGGGACCCGUGGUUGAUGAUGGGAGGCAGUGGCUCUGGUGGUGGUGGUGGUGGUGGUGGUGGUGGUGGUGUAGGGGGGCAGAUGUUGGGUGGGGCGUUUAGCCAUGAAAGCGAGCAUGAUUUGGCAGCGAUGGUAAGCGAUUUCUUGGAGAAUGGAAGUAGUUGUGGUGGCGAUUCACGGUGUAGUAGCGACAGCGAUUCCGGUUUCUGCGAACUUGCUCACCUCGCCGACAAGAUUUCGUACUACAAAGUUUUACUGGAUCAACAUGGGAUUGACAUGCUGUCGGUGGUAAAUUCUCUCAUCCUAUCUAUCAAAACGAUGGACCUUGAUUUUAUCAGGUCUGGUUCAUGUAAUGCUAGUUGCAUAAGGUUCUCGCUGGUCAAACUUCUGAAGCUUUCUGGUUAUGAUGCUGCUGUCUGCACAUCAAAGUGGCAGGGCACCGGAAAAGUUCCUGGAGGGGACUAUGAAUACAUUGACAUUAUAAACUACAAUGAUUCUGGACGUGCUGACCGUCUAAUCAUUGACAUCGACUUUCGAAGCCACUUUGAGAUAGCUAGAGCGGUUCCUUCUUACAAUAGGAUACUGAAAUCGCUUCCAGUUGUGUAUGUGGGAUCAUUGACAAAACUAAAACAGUUCCUUCAAGUAAUGGUGGAAGCUGCCAAAUCUUCUCUCAAACAGAACUCCAUGCCACUCCCUCCUUGGAGAUCUCUCACCUAUCUGCAAUCCAAAUGGCAUUCUCCCUAUCAACGACAUAUCCACCCUGAACCAGGAACCAUCUCAGACUCGCUCAUUCCUGACCACAAACUCUGCAAUGGACACCUGGAUCGGCUGAAAUCUUUGAUUCAAUUUGAGAUGGAAACUGACAGGAACCAUUUGAAGAAGGCCACAAGCCGAGUGAAGCUUGAUAGGUGGAGGAUAAGAACACUCUGAGAUGUAAAGAAAUUUCUACUGUCAAAUAGGUACACCUCGUGAACGAGAAAUGAGACCGGGUUCACGUGGUGUGCAAAUACUAAGGUAGCAACUUAACCCCAUCAAGAUGGAUGCUUUUUUUUUUGGCCAUCGGUGGUCCUGAUGUGGUGGUAUACUUGUUCUCUUAGGCACCUGAAGAAAUUUGGUGACUUGCUUUGUUUUUCAUAGGCUUUUUGUGGGUUUCUUUUUUCAUCUUUUUGAUGAUAAUCGGAUCCUCAGUGUUUUGUUAUGUGGAUCCGAAGAAGUUUUGCGUUGUUUUCAUUUUGUUUUUUUCUUCUUUUGAAUUACAAGAGGUUGCUUGAACAAUGUUAUAUUCUUUAAUUAAUAGACGGUAAAGUUUUGUUUUGUUUUGAUUUUAGUUUGUGCUUUGAAUAUUGUGUAUUUCGUUGAGAUGUUAAAAGAAGUCGAUUGAACAAUGUUAUAUAUC